AUGGGCGUCGCGCAGUCGCGCGCGUCGUCGUCCGCGAGCGAUGCGCGCGCGCACGACGGUGCGUCGGGACGACGGACGUCGCUCGAGAGCGAGCGAGGACGCGUGGUGGAGGUGAAGGAGAGGCUCGAGACGAAUUCGUUUUUCCGCUCGAAGCGCGCGGUGUCGGACGCGUCGGAGGCGCCGGCGCGAUCGAGCGAGGACGCCGGGGCGGCGUCGACCGAUGUGCCGAUCGUGGGCGAGACGUACGUCCCGGACGCGAUGGUACAGACGGCGGAGAAAACGUUGGGUGGGCGACGGGCGCGGUGGCGCGUGCCGAGACGACGCGACGGGCGAGAGACGUGUCGAUCGAGCGCGUUCGAGACGUUCGAUGACGAAGACGAGCGUGGGACGAGAACGACUUGGACGGUCGUGGGGAAGUUCAGCCAGCGAGGGAUCUCGGUGUACCUGCGUCGAGAGGACGAGGGCGAACACGCGAUGGAUUGCUCGUUUACGAUUUCGACAAUCGUGGACGGGAAGAGACACUUUGAGACGUAUCUCGAGCAUAGGUUUCGAAAUCGAGGAAACUCCUGGGGGGCGGAGAACGUGAUCUCGUGCGGGUUCACGGAGAAAGAAGUCGAGAUCGAGGUCUGUUUCCAUCGUACGCGCGUCGCUCGGUUGCGAUCGAAACCCGCAAGCGUGUGCAGCUCGAUUCGUUGUCUCAGCGAGGACUGUCUCCUCUUCGUGCUCGAGGACUUUUUGACCGACGAAGAGGGAGACGCUUUGAUAAACUUGGCGAGACCGGCACUGCAGCGAUCGAGGGUGACGGACGGGAAGCUGAGCGAAGGCCGGACGUCGUCCUCGAUGUUCCUCACGGGCAACCGAUCGAACAAUCCAAUCGUGAUCGCUUUGCAGAGGCGAAUUCAGUCGGUGCUUCGUCUACCUAUCGUUGCCGAGCGACGCAAAGAAGCACUUUACGAAAAGGAGCCGAUGCAAGUCGUGUGUUACGGUCCGAGAGAGCGUUACACCGCGCACUACGACAAUCGUGCUGGCUCAUUGAAACGUACGGCGACGUUCAUGUGCUACCUCUCCGAUCCCGAGAGUGGCGGCUGCACACUUUUCCCGAAAGCAAUUCCGCUGUGCGGCUGCAACAAAUCCAACCAAACCGGUGUGAAAAUUUUUCCCAAGCGCAACCGAGCAAUCCUCUUUUGGAGCGUGAACGUCAAAGGACACGAAGCGAUGCGGUCUUUACAUGAGGCGCAAGCGGUCGGCGAUGACGCCGCGUAUGAAAAAUGCAUCUUCACACAGUGGCUUUCCACCGACACAGACAACGACGACGAUUAG